AUGAGCUCCCCGGCAGCUGCUCCGCUCUUCACCGAGGGCGAGGACUGCUCGGCAGCCUGGACGGCGGCGGCGGCCGCCUACAAUGCGCCAGAUACACACCUGGAGAUCCUGGGCAAGCCAGUGAUGGAGCGCUGGGAGACGCCCUACAUGCACGCGCUGGCGGCCGCUGCCGCCGCCAAAGGCGGCCGCGUGCUCGAGGUUGGCUUCGGCAUGGCCAUCGCUGCCUCCGAGCUGCAGCGGCUCCACAUCACCGAGCACUGGAUCAUUGAGUGCAACGAGGGCGUCUUCCGGCGCCUGCAGGAAUGGGCUCCCACGCAGCCACACAAGGUUGUGCCAUUGAAGGGGAUGUGGGAGGAGGUGGCACCCAUGCUUCCAGACGGACACUUCAGUGGGAUCCUCUACGACACCUACCCGCUCUCAGCCGAGACGUGGCACACGCACCAGUUCUCCUUCAUCAAGGACCAUGCUUUCCGCUUGCUGCGACCCGGCGGCAUCCUCACCUACUGCAACCUCACGUCCUGGGGCGAGCUGCUGAAGACGCGGUACAGUGACAUCGAGACCAUGUUCGAGGAGACUCAGGUGCCACGGCUGCUGGAGGCCGGCUUCAGGAGGGAGAACAUCAGCACAGCCGUCAUGGAGCUGGUGCCGCCGCGAGACUGCAGGUACUACUCCUUCCACAAGAUGAUCACGCCAUCCAUUGUGAAGCACUGAGCAGCCUGGGCCUGGCCACGGCUGAUGGGAGACGCCAGCGCGGGCAGCAAAUCCUUUACAUGCACUGGGGAGAAGACGCUCAUGUCUCCCUUGUGGUGCCGAGAGAAGGUUCAAAGCAGUUUAUCCAGCGCUCCCAGCACCAGGGAGAGCGCUGGAGGCGCAGGGCUAGACCACCCAGGCUUCGGGGCCCUUCUGAGCUCAGGGACUCCUGCAAACGGGGCAGUGCUGCAGCUCCAGGGCUCCCUGCUCCUCUGCCGGCGACCCCGGGCCGCUGCACAACCCCCUCGGUCACAGGAGCUCUCUGGAAACGAUGGCACCAUUUUAGGCAAGGCCUGUCCUAAAGGAGAGGCCUUGAAGCCCCCUGGCUGACCCAACAGAGCCCUCGCGCCUCCUGCU